AGACAGUCCACUUCAACUUUGCCUUUGUACCUCAAAUGGUGGAAUGGAAGAGCGUCAUUCGCUCACGUUUAGUGUGGAAUCCACCAGUCAAUGGAGAUCCUCGACAAUUCUCUAGAUCUAGAAAAUGGACUCUGGUGGCCCUGGUUGCCGUCGCCUCCAUCUUGCCUGGGUUUUGCUCAACGAUUAUCCUCCCCGCAAUAGAAGAUAUCCAAAUUACCAUGGGUGCCAGCUCAAUUGGCGUCACUCUGGCCAACUCGUUUUAUAUGUUGUUCAUGGGUAUCGCCCCUAUAUUCUACAGCAGUAUUUCCGACCAUUACGGCAUACGGCGUGUCAUCUAUAUCGGAUCGAUGUUGAUUUUCACAGCGGCAUCGAUUGGCGCAGUUUGGGUGCGCAAUAUUUGGGUAUUGUUGGUCAUGAGAAUACUACAAAGUAUUGGAAUUUCCGCCCCUUGGUCCAUCGGAGCUGGUACCAUUGCCGAUUUGUACGAAGUACAUGAAAGAGGAACAGCACUCGGAAUUAUUUUUGCAGGUCAAUUCGCUGGUCCCAUGAUUGGUCCAUUAUUGGGAGGAUUUUUGACAGAAGCAGGUGGCUGGGAAGCGAUUUUCUGGCUCUUGUUUGCACUUGGUGCCGCAAUGGCUGUCGUUAUGUUUUUCUUUAUGGAAGAGUCGUUCAGAGAUGAAGAGCUGUACGCAAAACCAGUUGAUAUCAAAUUGGGCGAUGAAGCUGAAACCCCCGACAUGGAUGAUCUAACCAUCACCUAUAAGAGGUCCAAAAAGAUGAAUCUUCUCGCUCCGUUGGCUCUAUUGAAGCACCCAUUUGUGCUUAUACCUGCUAUGGAAACUGGUUGGACUUUCGGAUGCAUGUUUGCCAUUGAAAAUAUCCUACCGCCACUUUACACAAAUGUUUAUGGUUGGUCGCCUGGUGCAAUCGGUCUUAGCUUUUUAAGCCCAGGUUUGGGAGAAGUCAUUGGUGCGUUCAUAGGAGGAAGAAUAUCGGAUUUCUUCUUGAAUAGAUCUAAAGACAAACGAGGUGGUAAAGCCGUCCCAGAAGAUCGGCUUGUACCUAGUCUUUGGCCAUCCGGAUUCAUUCUUAUGCCCUUAUCUAUCCUUAUGUUCGGAUGGCCCAUUGCCUUGGGGUGGAGCAUCUGGUGGUCCAUCAUCUUCUUUGGAGUAAUGUGCUUUGCCAUGGUUCAGUGCUUCUCGUGCUGUGCUGCUUACCUUGUGGACACUGUUGUUGGCCGUGGUGCUUCCGUCAUGUCCGCUAGCAACCUUGUACGCAUGAUUCUCUCCUGUGUUCUCAGUGCCAUCGCCAAUCCAAUGAUGGCCGCGGUUGGUCCAGGUUGGGUAUGUGUGCUGUUCGCUGCCCUCAAUUUCUUUUGGAUGUUUUUGCUUGUACUUCUAAAGACGCAUGGUCGUCAAAUUCGUCAGUGGUCUGGUUAUUAGAGAUCCUUUUGGCGGCCAAUGUCCUUAAACAUAUUCUAGAUACAUAGAUGAUAGAGCAUUUAAUAUUGGCUUGCUCCUAAUUUCUUAAAUCACUUUCUAAACAUAAUAUACCAUACAGACAGAGUUCCAGCUAGCGGUGAAACGAGACAGUUCCUGAUACACUAAGCCCCCCCCCAAACA